AUGGCGUCUCUAGUAUCACCGACUCGGCACAUCGCCAGGGCAUUUGCACCCACGACACGCCUCACACAGCGACGAUGGGCGCAGGUGCACGACAUCCGCUUCCUGGCGACGCACCAGAAGCCCGACCACAGAGUCUUUGACAAGUACAAGGCCAAGCUCGAGCAAAAGGCGAAGCAGGAGGGCCACGGCGACGUCGACAAGCUCAAGUCGGCGUACAAGGACAAGAUUGUCGAGCUGCGACAGCAGGCCAUUGUGCCCGGCGCAAACGCCCCUCUAGACACCACCAUGGCUGCUCCCACGACUCCCAAUGCCCCCUUCCAACCUCCUCCGCCGCCUCAGCCUCAGACACAACAGUCAGAAUCGCCCAAGGCCUCUGCAUCGGCCGAGGAAAAGGCAGGCAUCAAGACACUGGCAUCCUUCAUCGACGUGGCAAAGACAAAAGAGCUGCCCCAGAAAGAGAUUGAAUACAUCUGGAGGUUGCGCCACGCCAGCUCUCCCAGCUCCCUGUGUGCCGUCGUGCCCACUCCCACCUACCACCAGAUCGCCGAAACCGCCCGCAAGCACCCCCAGUUCGUCCUGCCUUUGCCCAAGGAGGGUCAAGGUGCCGAGAUUCACUUUNUGCAGUGGACCUUCNCCUCGCCCACCACUUGCACUGUGCUAUUCACCGCUCUGGCCGAGUUCAAGCUCAAGGGCGAGUUCGCUCAGCCUCACACUACCGUCACCCACCAUCUGGAUCUAGCCGACGACAAGGGCCUGGUCCUGCUCGAGGGCACUGUCAUCGAGGACAAGCAGAUCACUGUCGAGGAGGGCAAGUGGCUGCUGAUGUGUCUACAAAAGUUUUAUGGCAAGGCUGCCGAGCAAAGUCCUCGCAGAAAAUUGAUGGAGCAGUUCAGCCAGNGAGACAGCAGCUUCAACAUCGAGGAGCUCUUGGAGGAGGCCGAGAAGAUCUAG